AUGGCUUUGAUUCUGGAGCAUCUGGAGAGCCAGCAUCUGGUGCAGGGCGCAGUCGUCGCCUUGCUUCUGAUAUUCGUGUCGAGCUUCUAUCAUGACAUCGCUGAUAGCUUCCCAUACAAGAACAUCCCUUUGAUUGGGAAGAGUAGAUGGGAGCUUUCGAACAGCAAGGCUAAGCAGCGUUUCGUCACCUCUGCUAAGGAGUUGUUUGCCGAGGGAUUCAGCCAGGGCAGAAAAGCCUUCCAGUUGGUCUCGAGCUCCAACCAAACCGUCAUCCUGCAUCCCAGUCUUGUAGAUGAGGUCAAGAAUAAUCCCCAUCUCAACUUCGAUGAAGCCAACAAAAAGACCUUCUUUGGAGCUAAAAUUCCCGGCUUUGAGGUCUUUGGGAAUAUGAGCCCACUGGUCCUGGAUGUGAUCAACAAGCGUCUAACCCAUAGUCUCGGUCAACUUGUGCGUCCUCUGUCGAAGGAAACUGGCGCCGUCUUGCAGGAGAAACUGCCCCCAAGCGAUACAUGGAGCCCUAUCAGCUUCGCCGCGGAGAUACCAUAUAUAGUUGCACGGCUGUCAACCCUCGUUUUCAUGGGCGACAAGGUCUGUCGCGACGAGCAGUGGCUGAACGUCUCGGUCAACUUCACCAUUAAUGCUUUCAUGGGUGCGCGCGAUCUCCGGGCCUGGCCAUCGCUCCUCCACCCGUUAGUGCACUGGUUCAUACCCAGCCUCCAGAGGCUUCGGGAAAACUUGAGCAUCGGGAAAGCCAUCGCCAACCAAGAGAUCUCACGACGAAGACUUAUCCGGGAGGGUCGGCUCCCCGCCGAGAACCCAGCUCGGAGCCACGAGGAUGUACUGGAUUGGUUUCUCGAGGCCACAGCCGGGCGUGAGAUCGACCUGGCCCAGUGGCAGAUGGGACUCAGUCUGGCGGCUAUCCACACGACGUCCAACCUCCUGACCAACGUGAUGUACGAUCUAGCGGCCCACCCCGAAUACAUCCAAGUACUCCGCGACGAGAUCAAGGCGGUCAUUGACGAAGACGGAGGGUGCCUGAAGAAGACCAGCCUAACAAAGAUGAAGAAGAUGGACAGCGUCCUCAAGGAAAGCCAGCGAAUGAACCCCCCGGGACUCGCCCUACUCAACCGCAUCGCCACCAAAGAACUCACCCUAUCAGACGGCACGCGCCUGCCCAAGGGCGCGCUGAUGCAGGUCUCAGCACACAACCUGCAAGACGAGACGAUCUACGCCUCACCCGGGACCUACGACGGCCUGCGCUUCCACCGAUGGCGACAGUCACCGGGCAACGAGCACCGAUUCCAAUUCGUGACGACCAGCGCCGAGCACUUCGCCUUCGGGCACGGGACGCACGCCUGCCCCGGGCGGUUCUUCGCGGCGCACGAGCUCAAGAUCGUGCUCGUGCACCUGCUGCUGCGAUACGACUGGCAGUUCGAGGACCGGACCGAGCGUCCGCCCAACUUCCUGCACGGCACCGAGUCGAUCUGCGACCCGACUGUGCGGUUGCUGUUUCGGGGCCGGACGCCGGAGGUUGAGCUUUUGGGUUUGGAAUAG